UCCAGCAUCCCGUCAGGCCUGCCCGCCUCGCUGGAGGAGCUCCGCCUGGACGACAACCGCAUCUCCACCAUCCCCACGCACGCCUUCCGCGGCCUGGCCUCGCUGCGCUCGCUGGUGCUGGACGGCAACCUGCUGGCCAACCAGCGCAUCGCCGACGACACCUUCGCCCGCCUGGCCAACCUGACGGAGCUGUCCCUGGUGCGCAACUCCCUGCAGACCCCGCCCCUCAACCUGCCCACCGCCCACCUGCAGCGGCUGUCCCUGCAGGACAACGCGCUGACCCACAUGCCUCGCGGCUCCCUGGAGGGCAUGCGGGGGCUGCAGCGGCUGGACCUGUCGGGGAACAACCUGACCACGCUGCCGCGGGGGCUGUUCCGCGACCUGGACAGCCUGGCCACGCUGCUGCUGCGGGGCAACCCCUGGCACUGCGGCUGCAACCUGCGCUGGCUCUACGACUGGCUGCUGGCGCGCGGCGCCGCCGUCACCGUGCGGGGCCUGACCUGCCACGGGCCGGAGCGGGCGCGGGACCUGGCCCUGGUGGAGCUGGGCGGGGCCAUGGAGGAGUGCGAGGCGGUGCGGGCCGCGGGGAGCCGGGCGGGGGGCGCGGGGGGCGACGCCUCCACCACGCUGUCCCCGCCGCAGGGCUCCCUCUUCACGCUGCGCUCCAAGAGACCCGGGCUGGGCCUGCCCGACUCGGGGCUGGACUACACCCUGGGCAGCAGCGGCGUGGGGCGGAGCCUGGCGCUCAACGUCAAGCCGCUGUCCCCCAGCAGCGUGCGCGUGACCUGGAGCGUGGCCACGCCCAGCUCCUCCUUCCGGCUGAGCUGGCUCCGCCUGGGCGCGGGCGGGGCCCCGGGCUCCAUCACGGAGACGCUGGUGAGGGGCGACCGGCGGGAGUACCUGCUGACCGCCCUGCAGCCACGAUCCGACUACAUCAUCUGCAUGGCCCCCCUGGCGCCGGGCCCCGAGGGCAGGGGCCCCGGGGGGCCGGCCAGGGGCCCCGGGGCCCCGGAGGAGGCGGAGCCGGACGAGGCGCUGGUCUGCGCCAAGGCGGAGACGGCGGAGGUCCCGCCGGCGGACGGCGGCCCCGGCGAGGACGACGGCUCGCAGCGGGCGGCGCUGCCCCUGGCGGGGAUCGUGGGAGGGGCCACGGCGCUGGUCUUCCUGGCGCUGGUGCUGGCGGCGUUCUGCUGGUACGGCCGCCGGAAGGGCCACCUGUCGGCCCGCGACCACUACCCGCGCAGCAGCUCGCGCAAGAGCAAGAGCUACGGCGACUACAUCGAGUCGGGCACCAAGAAGGACACCACCAUCCUGGAGGUCCGAGGGCCCGGCUUCCAGAUGACGCCGCUGCCCGCGGGCCGGCCCCCGCCCGCGGGCCGGCCCCCGCCCGCCAAGCCCCCCCGCGCCGACUACGUGGUGCACACCAUCUUCCCGCCCUCCAACGGCACCGGCCUCUUCAAGGCCGCCGCCCCCCCCGCCGACCCGGGCUACGGGACCACCCGGGGCUACCGGGACGGGGGCGUGCCCGACGCGGACUACUGUUACCCAUGAUGCAGCGGGGCGGGCCUGCUGCGUCUGCCUCCAGGGCUGCUCUGAGGCAGCCUCCUGUGCCUUGUCCUCCGGUCCGCCCUGACCCCCCUGCUCCCCGGGACCUCUCAUUGGCUGGGAGGCAGAGGGCGGGCAGCCCGCAGGAGCCAAUGGCGGCCUGCGCUGAUCGGCCCACACAUGUUCUCAGUGCAUUGUUUGUUCUCUCAGCCCGCUGCGGGACAUGUAAGCAGAGAAUGUAUCCCCAGUGGGAGUCGGUCCCAGUGCCGCCCCGGGACUGGGACCCGUGUGGUACCAGUAGCAGCUCCUCCUCCACACACUACAGCCGCCAGCGGGGCUCUGCAGACGCCUGAAGGGCUCUGCUGACUCAGCCAAUCAACGCCUCAACGUUUUGACCCCCCUCUGAC